AUGAAUCAAUCAUUUUUUCUACCAAAUAAUUGUACUUAUAUAUCAAGUCAUCGUUGUUCAGUUAAACUUGUUUUUUGGUAUGAACGUCGAAAUUAUAUUGUUACAUUUCCAGGUGAUAUUUUACAUGAUCAGAGUAUUAAUGAUAAUAGACAUUUUAUUAUGAUUGAAACAGCAACGAAUACAUUUUUUUCAUAUGAUAUUAAUCAUUCAUGUAAAGAUGAAGAUGAUUGUGCAAGAAUUUUUGCUGAAAAAACAAUUCUAGAAAUGACACAACGAUUUAUGAAUAUUUCAAAUAUUUAUUUUGAUCUUCAACGAAUUUUAAAUAGAAAAUCGAAUUCAUCAGAUGAUUUAGUAUGUUUUGAUGCGAAUGAUUCUAUUCGUCAAUGUUCAGUUACUGGAAUAACUGGUUCAUGUCAAAUUAUUGAUGAUCUUAUCAAAUAUAAACUUCAUCGACGUUCAUGUCAACGUAGUACUCAACAAUCGUCUAGCAUUAAUAUUUAUGAUUCUGGUAAUUUUGCUAUGAUGACUGUGAAAUGUAAUCGAAUGCUAUGUAAUGGUCCAUUAACAAUAGAAGCUGUGAAAAAAGUCUUGUAUCGUUAUAAUAUUACAGAUAUUUAUGGUCGACUACCAAGUAAUAGUUCAUAUCUAUCAGUAAAAUUCUAUUUAAUUCUAUUAACAUUAUUUUUAUCGUUUUACUUUAAAUAA